UCCAUUAUGUAAACUGCACUUAAUCUCUAGUUACAGAAUAAACAAACAUGUCUGACUACAGAGAUAGUCGUGGCUCAAGAGAUUUUGGUGCACCAAAACCAUUUGACCCAAGACCACCUCUACCAACUAAAAGUAUGAUGGGGAGUCGAAUUUAUGUUGGAAAGCUUCCAUCUGAUAUACGUGAAAGGGAAGUCGAGAAGAUUUUUGGUAAAUUCGGAAGAAUAAAGGAAGUGGCUUUGAAAGGCAAUUACUGUUUCAUUCAAUACGAAAGCUCACGGGGAGCAAAAGAUGCUGUAUAUGAAAUGAAUGACAGAAAUAUUUUUGGAGACAGAUUGCAAGUUGAGCAUGCCAGAACUCCCAAAGAGUUUGGUUUUCGUGCUCGUGGCGGUGGGGGAGGUUAUGGUGGCGGCUAUGGUUAUCGUGGAGGGUAUGGCGCAAGGAGUAGUGGAUAUGGCAGCAGUUCAAGGAGUUACGGUAGCCGACGAUCUCCGCCUUUGAGAAGUGAUUACAAACUAAGUGUUACAAAUUUGUCAACUCGAUGCGAUAGUCACGAUCUUAAAGCUGUGAUGGAAAAGGCUGGUGAAGUAUUUUACUCUGAUGCACACCGAAAAAGAGUUGGAGAGGGGAUUGUCGAGUUUGCAUCCAGGAAAGACAUGGAACGAGCAUUAAAAAAGUUAGAUGGACUAGAAAUCAAUGGCAAGCCAAUAAAGUUAGAAAUUGAGGAAUCACGCAGAUCUCGUCGAAGCCGUUCCCGUUCAGAUUCAAGAUCAAGGUCGCGUUCACGCUCAGAUUCCAGAACACCUGAAAGAAAACGUCGGCGCCGCUCAGCUUCUAAAUCAGGCUCAGACGAAGGUUCUGAUGACGAACGAUCAAAAAAAGAUGAAAAAAGCGACGACGAGGAGUUCGAAGAAGCCGAACGAAGUGUCAAACAGAAAAAAGAACGUCGUCGUAAAGAAGCUGGUGGAGACGGCGGCUCUGAUUCUGAAUCUGACGGUGAAGCUGAAGGUAAUGACGACGCUUCAAAAAGUCACAAGAGUGAUGAUGUCGCUAUGGAAACAGAUGCUGCAAAGAAGCAAGACGGUGAUAAAAAACUGGAGGAGGAUGACGAAGAUGUGGAAGAAGUUGAAGAAAUUGUCGAAGAGGUUAUUGAAGAAGAAGUUGAGGUGGAUGAGGACGAAUCUCAAGAUGGCGAACCUGUAGAAAAUAAUUCGAGCGUCGAACAAAAAGAAGAGACAAGUGAGAAAAAGCAAGUCGACGAAAAUAUAGAAAAAGAUCAAGCGGAGGAAGAAAAUCAAGAUGAUGAUGAAGAAGGUGAUGAAGAAGAACACAAUGCAACUGAAAAACGCGCUCGAGCAAAGAGAACACCGCCAACACGGACAACUCGCCGUAGCAGUAGGCGUAGUGCUGGGAAAGCUUCUCCGACGCAAAAUGGCGACGAAGAAGCGGAAGACGAAUAAGCCCGGCAGAGUCAUGUUUGUACAUAAUUGUAAAUGUUUAAGUGGGACAAUUUAAACUUUGCAUUACCCCAUUUCAGUGACAGUAUUAAAGUAGCGUUAAGAAGCUAACGUUUUUCAUAACAAGUUUUUUGGAUCAUUAAGUUUGCAUGCAGUUUGUGUCUGAUAUUACCUGAUUAAGUAUAAAAGAAACCGAAUACAGAUUUUUGUCUGAGUAAUGCCACUGCACACAGAAGAUAUAAUUCAACUUUUAAAAGAAAUAACGAUUUUGUAUGUUUUAACUAUGGUGAAAAUAAUAACUUUCAAACAAA